CGCGCCGUGGCAGACAACACCUGUGGCAGGAUGUGCACGGCACGUUUUGUGCGAAUUUCAUCUAGCCAUGAGAAUCGCAUCCUGAGUUAUACGUGCGUGCUUUGGAAACAAACGUCAGUUGGCCAGUCCAGCUUUUGUUUCAUUUUGAAAUAACAUAUCCGAUCGUUCUGCAAAGAUCCCUGCUGCAGAUUGAUUCAUCAAAGUUGGACACGUCUUCACUGCCCCUUGCUGUCCAGUACAGUUACCUCUCCCGGAGAAGAAAGAAGCCGUCCCGGCUACUUAUGGGUAGCAGAGCCCCUUAAGCAUGAAGGAGUGUUUCCUGAUGUCGCUGAUUGUGAGUAUCAGUUUGGGUGCAACCAAAGAAGAAGAAUCUGUCAUACAUGCUGUAUGUGUGCUCCAAAAUGGGACACCUCAAGGCUACGUAGAGUUUCACCAGGAACCCGGGCAGCAUGUGACUGUACAAGGCAACAUAUCUCACCUAACGCCAGGUCUGCAUGGUUUUCAUGUGCACGAGUAUGGAGACCUCACAGAUGGUUGCACAUCAGCUGGCUCCCACUACAACCCAUUUGGUAAAAACCAUGGAGCACCCUAUGACCAAAAUCGUCAUAUUGGAGACCUUGGUAACAUAGAGGCGGACGACAGUGGUUCUGCAGUUUUUGGACUGACAGAUGGCCAAUUACAACUAAAUGGCGAGCUCUCUAUUAUUGGUCGUUCCAUUGUGGUACACCAAGACAAGGAUGAUCUCGGACGCGGAAAUUUCUCGGACAGCCUCACAACGGGACACUCUGGAAGUCGAAUAGCCUGUUGCGUCAUUGGUAUCGCAAACUAGGAAGAUUUUGCGUAUCCUAUAAUAUGGGUACACAGCAUGACAGGAUAUAAGCGAGAGGUGUCGGCCUUGCAAGAAUGUUCAGCCGAAGAUGAAGUAGCUUGUGUAGCGCACAGAUAUGUUUAGUUGACCCAAAAGAAAAAAAUCCGAUAUAUAUAUAUAUAUAUAUAU